AUGCCACCUUUUCCCUGGCCACCUUGUCGCUCAAGCCAGAGGAUGCAAACCGCUUGGACUUUACCCUGGAUCAGUUCACCCCUGAACAGAUCAAGGCGCUCGCCGGCUGGUACAAGCACUUUACUGCGCGGUCCAGUGGUCGGGCGGCUGAAAGAGUACGAUGGCUGGGACUUCUCGGAGAUUGAGAAGGAGGAGAAGAAGGAGGAGCCGAAGCAGAGAAGCGAGCCGGUGAUGUUCCGGAAAGGCGACAAGGCGAAGCUGCUAGAUUUGGAGGACGAAGCGCUGAACGGCAAGACUGGCAAACUGCUGUCCUUGGUGGUGGGGACUGGAAAGUUUGCCAUUGAGUUGGAUGACAGCGAUGGGGCCGCGCAGGUCGACGGCACAGAGGAGGCAGACUUGGGCGGAUGGCGUGGCCGUGCCGUGGCUUUGUGGGCUUUGGCUCACUUUGCCACAAGUAGCAUAUUCUCAUGUCUGCUUGCGCCCUUGGCUUGCACACCUGUCUAG